CGUUCCCGGGUCAUAUGCCGGGGGCGGGGCGGCCCGCGCACUGUUCCGCGGGGCUUCGCUUGUCGGCCGUGCCGCGUCUUGUCGCGGGGUCGAUCGGCACCGGCUCCUUCCCUUUCUCAGUUCGCUCGUCCCUGCCGGCGCGCCAUGGCCCUCGCCGCGGUGGUCCAGGGGCUGGCGCUGGCCGCGCUACUGGUGCUGAGCCCGGCGGGGGCAGCCCGGCAGACGCGAAGGCCCAACGUGGUGCUCAUCCUCACCGACGACCAGGACGUGUGCCUGGGCGGCAUGACCCCACUAAAGAAGACUAAUGCUCUCAUUGCACAGAUGGGAAUAACUUUUCUGAACGCGUACGUUCCCAGUGCGCUUUGCUGUCCCAGUCGCGCAAGCAUUUUAACAGGAAAAUACCCACAUAAUCAUCAUGUUGUCAAUAACACUCUGGAAGGAAACUGUAGCAGCAAGUCGUGGCAGAAGAUUCAAGAACCGUACACCUUCCCAGCGCUGCUCAAAUCUAUGUGUGGUUAUCAAACAUUCUUUGCUGGAAAGUAUUUGAAUGAGUACGGAGCAGAGGAUGCAGGGGGAGUGGGUCACGUCCCUCCCGGAUGGAGUUUUUGGUAUGCUUUGGAGAAAAAUUCCAAAUACUACAACUACACUCUCUCAGUAAAUGGCAAGGCACGAAGGCACGGUGAGAACUACAGUGUAGAUUAUCUGACAGAUGUACUGGCCAACAUGUCAUUGGACUUUUUGGAGUAUAAAUCUAACUUCGAACCUUUCUUUAUGAUGAUCUCAACGCCAGCACCGCACUCCCCUUGGACAGCUGCUCCACAGUAUACAAAGAGCUUUCAGAAUGUCAGUGCACCAAGAAACAGCAAUUUCAACAUUCAUGGCAAGAACAAGCACUGGUUGAUUAGACAAGCAAAGACUCCAAUGACUAACUCUUCAAUACAGUUUCUUGAUGAUGCUUACAGAAAACGGUGGCAAACUCUGCUGUCAGUAGAUGACCUGAUAGAGAAACUUGUGAAGAAACUGGAACUGAAUGGGGAAUUGGACAACACAUACAUCUUCUACACAUCUGACAAUGGCUUCCACACUGGCCAGUUUUCUCUGCCAAUAGACAAACGGCAGCUGUAUGAGUUUGACAUCAAAGUUCCAUUGCUAGUUCGAGGCCCAGGGAUAAAACCAAAUCAGACAAAUAAGAUGCUUGUUGCAAAUAUUGAUUUGGGUCCUACUAUUCUGGAUAUCGCAGGGUAUGACUUGAAUAAGACACAGAUGGAUGGAAUGUCACUCUUGCCACUGUUGCGAGGAGACAAAAAUGUGACGUGGAGAUCAGACUUCCUGGUGGAGUACCAAGGAGAAGGCUACAAUGGCAGUGAUCCUACCUGUCCUGGCCUGGGACCUGGAGUCACACAUUGCUUCCCAGACUGUGUCUGCGAAGAUUCCUACAACAACACUUACGCUUGUGUACGGACACUGUCAGCAUCCUGGGAUCUGCAGUACUGCGAGUUUGAUGACCGGGAGGUGUUUGUGGAAGUGUAUAACUUGACCGCAGAUCCACACCAGAUCAACAACAUCGCUAAAACAAUCGACCAGGAAAUCCUAGAGAAGAUGAACUACCGGUUAAUGAUGCUGCAGUCCUGUGCAGGAGCAACUUGCCGUACACCAGGAGUCUUCGAUCCCGGGUACAAGUUUGACCCACGGCUCAUGUUCAGCAAUCACGGCUUACGGGCUCGGAGGUUUUCUGCACAGCCUUUGUAGCCCUUUAAGGGCUCUUUGGCACAAGCUGCCACCGAGCAGUUUCUCCAGUGACUGCAGCAGGUCUGUCUCCGUAACUCUUGCUGAUUACUGCUGGAAGACCUUCAAUGGGCUGUUCAAACCCUAUUUGGAAGAGAAACCCUCAUCUUUAGCUGGUUGCCUUGUGCAAUAUGUAUAUUUUUACAGCUGAACUGUAACUCUGAAUCAUUAGACACACCUAAUCUGUCUUGCUCAGAUAGUUGAUUACCACCUUUGUCUUUCAAGUACCUUUUCAUAUGGCAGGCACAGAGGUGAACCUAUGCCUAUGGAUCUGAACAGUUUAUUUUGUUCUAAAAAUCAACAAAUGUGUAUUUGAGUCAGGUUAGGUAGGCGGGUGCUAUUGCACAGUAAUGCUCACCCAUAUUCAGUGUCAUUGGCUUUCUUAAAAGCUAUGUUUAAUUAUAGGUUUUCUGUAUGGAGCUCAAAGCUGAUAACAGCAGUGAACUAGCCCUAAAGAGCAUGGGAAGGUGUUAGUCACAACUGUAGGAUAUGACUAGCAAGUGUCUUGUGCAGAAUUUAGAAUCCUUAUACUAAACAUUCUCUUUCAAUGAGGCCAUUUCACAUGAGACCAAUGAAUUCUGUAGGAUGCCUUUGGGGGCUUGCAAACCAGAAUGUUAUUUCAACCUCCUUCUAGUUGCAAGUGCUGGAAUGGAUUACUGUGUACUACUGAAAAGCCCUACAGGGUUUCAUCCAGGCUUCCUAGUGAGUUAAACAGAAGUGUUGAGACUAACAAGUAUUCAAAUAUGAGUGCCUGUGUUUUGAGCUAACUCUUAGGUUUGUCCUAAUGCUUAAAAAAAAAUGCACAACCUCCCCCAAGAGGGCACCACGGAGUUGAUUUCUUUCUAACCUCUAACUAACUUGAAUUAUCUAACAACUCCUGUUGGUUAGAUUCAUGAAGGUAAAUUAUUUUUAAAGCAAACUAGAUAAAAAUAAAUAAAUCCUAGCAGUUAGGCUGAGAAGGCUGUUUCAGGCAGUUUAAGUGCUUCAUAGAACGUUGCUUUUUGGUUGAGACAUAACUACUUGGAAGCUGCAGUAAGUGGCCUUCAGCCUGUGCGUCGAGCAUCUGAUGGCUGGACAUCAUCCCUUGGCUUCCCUUUGGAAAGAUGAUGUUGUCUUUUCAACCUUCUGAUUAGGCUCAUUUGAAAUGCAGCCACCCCUUGCACAAGUGUCUUUCUAAACCUUCAAUAACACCCAAACUUGCAUUAGUGUGUAACAUCUGUGUAGGUUCACUGGCAGAACACCACCUAGAAACGCUGAACGGUGCAUCUUUUGCUAGACAAGUUCAUGUUGUUUGUUGGCAAAUCAACUGUGCUACCAGGACAGAUAAUCAUUCCUUUGUCAAACUGUGGUACAUCUAUUUACUUUUCAGUUAGUUAUUUCAGAUCUUUUACCCAAAGGGGAGAGAUGGUGAUUUCAACUUCUGUCAUGUAAAACCCUCUACUUAGUACUAAUUAAGUAGGCAACAAAGUAUGACUCUUUCCAAACUGUGAAGGUGCAUGCCCCAGUGCACAGACCCACACCCUGGCCACACACAAUGCUACAAGAAGAAAAGAAGUUGAACUUGCUUGGCUUUUAAUUCUGAAGCACAGAAAUUGUCCUUCAUGUAGCUUAGAGUUGCAAAGUGAGUGACAGGUUAGAUUUUAUAGAGCUUUUGUCUGAACUCAUGGUUUCAAAUCUCUAGAGUGACCAAAUAUUUGGAGAAAAAAAUUGCUUGAAAGGUAACUUUUCAUCUGGAGCAUGUGUAUAAAUGCAGAGGGGUUGGAAUGUUCAAACUUCUUGCAUGUGUUUGAAUACUCAGGACUUUUUUUUUCUUCCAAACUGUAGCUUUAUCCUGGUUUUUGUUUCUCAAGCCUUAGCAGUGCCCACCAAGAGCCUUCAGACUCUGGUUUGUCUUUUAAAAACAAAACCAAAGUUGUUUUCACGCUUUUAGCUGUUUUCUUGCACGCUGAGCUAAAGCUGUAGUUCAUUCAUGCAGUGUCUUGCUCAGGUGAUGGUAGCAGCUUUGACUUGUUCUUUGUUUAAACGUUGUGUUGGUGGCUGGCUGGAGGCUCACGUGGAAUCCACUGAUUGCUGCACAGGAACCCCUCCUGAGUUGCAUCAGCUAGGUCAUAUGACAAGUUUCUACUUGAGUUUCAGUGCAAAUAUCAUGCAUUAUGUUGCUGCUUAGUAGAAAAAAAUUUGCUAGGGGUACAGAUGUGUGUAACUCCAAUAUUAUCUUUUCUUAAAGUGAUCUUAAGCCAUAACAAGGAAAGGUGGGGUUUUUUUGGAGUGAUUUACUUUUUGCCUAAUAACUAAUAUGAAAGUUGAUGGAAUUGAUACAGAUUAUUCAGUAUCUGUGGCCAGAUGUUUCACUCAAAUGAGCACUCUUGCUGUCUGCACGCUCCUGUAAAGCAUUUUGUAACUGCUCCAGAACUGACUUACUUAUGCACCCACUGUCAGAACCACCCAGUACCUGCAUCUGUCGUAGGUCAUAGUAAAUGCUGUAUCACAUUGAAAUUUGGAACAUUAGUCCUUCCUCAACUGGAAUAGCAGUUUGGGAAGAUACUUGCCUCCCUGCCCCAUCUGAUAAAGACUGAAGAGCAGUUCAGCAAAAGUAUGUAGCUGAAGGAAGAACAGGAGCCCAGGGCUGCCUGCCUGCCACUGCUGUUGGACGAGUUUGGCAGCCGCCUGGUGCUUGUUGCCAGGAAGCAGUUAAUUCUCAGUAUUUUUACAGCAUUGAAUGAGCAGUGUUAACUCUCCCAGUGAUUUAAAAAAAAAAUCACUAUGAAGGAACUGAAACUCUUACCCAGAUCUAAUUCCCAACUAAGUGAUUUUAAAACUAAACGUUGGUCUUGGCCAUUCCAUUUCAUUUGCUGUUUGGCCGUGGCUCUGUCUGGACCUUGUUAGUCAAGGCAAUUGUGUAAAAUGGCAGGGCCUUACCAGGACAGAGUUGGGUUUAGGUAAAAUGUGAUUAUUUUUAGUUUUUUAAUCAUUAUUAUCAAAAGAAGAGCUGUGAAGUUUAAUGAUCUGAUCUGGUAAAGUAGAUACUAUACAGGGAGAAAUACAGUUAAUAAUGUUAUCACAUCAUUCAGUAUCAUCACACUUCAGCUGCAGUGACUACAGUUAGUGCAUCCUCAACCAGCAUGGGGCCAGUGAACUGGGCUUCUUCAUGUUGAGGGGUAAAGCUGUAAGAGGGACAGGUACACACAACCCCACACCCAAAGCAGGUAUCAUACUUUUUCAAUCGAGUUACAAUUAAGACUGACUUUACAACCUACAUCUCAUUAUUUAAUCCUUACAAAAUAGCUGCCACUGAUUUGUGAUUUAAUGAAAGCAAAAUUCAUUUGUAUUACUCUCUCUGUAUGUGAGCAUACUUUGCUGUAGCAUGUUGUGAGUGUACUUCUGCUGUUUUGAACGUGUGUUUAGAAAGUGCCCUUCCAGAGGACCCUGUUCACUGCUGCACUUUUGGGGAAAGAAAAAAAUAAACUGCCUAUCAAACUUC